UCAACGCAGUCGGAACGUUUUAAAAAUAAACGCGCUACGUACAAAAUUAGCCGACUACAAAUAAAUCCAAAGCAGACUCUUAAUUCAAAUUCAAAUUGAACGUUAACAGUUCCAAAUUCUAUUAAAAAAAAAAAAAACAAACCAAAAUCAAAUUUUUCAACAUGUUCAGCUCGUUGACAGCCUCCCUGAAGAGCUUUGGCGACAAGACCGUCAACUUGUUCAGCAAGAAGAAGGAUGAGGCUGAGAAGUUGGCCAGCGACAAGGCUGUCGAGGCGCAGAAACUAGCCGAGGAGCAGGCCAAGAAGGUGGGACAGUCCGUGCAGCAGACCAAGAGCGAAGCCGAGCAACUGGCUGCCAGCACAGCCAAGGAUGCUGCCGCUCUGGCCGCUGCCGAGGCACAGAAGGCUGGCCAGGUGAUUGAUCAGGGCGUCAAUCGCGCCGCCGGCGCUGUCAAUCAAACCAAACAGGCUGUGGACCAUACUGUCGGCCAGGCCACCGCCGCCGUGCAAAACUCCAAGCAGGUGGCCGCCAAUGUGGCGGAGGCCUCCCAGCGUGCCGCUGCCACUGCCGUCGACCAGACCAAAAAGGCCGCCAAUGAGGCGAUCAACAAGAGCGUCAAGGCAGCCGAAUCUGUUGCCGAUCAGAAGCUUAAGCAGGCCGAGGGCGCCAUCGAUGGCGCCAUGAAACAGACCAGCCAGACGGUGGACCAGAAGUUGCACGAGGCCAAUCAGUAUGUGGACCAGAAGCGCGAAGGACUCGAGAAGAACAUACAUGAGGCGGCCACUCAUGCACAGGAUACCGCUGGCCAGCAGGCCACACAGAUCCUUGGCAAGCUGCAUCUGGGUCCCAAGUAGAUGCUUGCUCCGAUCCAUAUACUUAACACCCUCCCCCCCCCCCAAAAAAAAAAAAACAAACCGUAAAUAAUCUGAGUGUAAUAAACCAUGAAAAUGCUUUAAAAAAAAUACAAAAAACAAAAACGAAAA